CGCUAAGCUCUUCUCCGUGGACGAUGUUACGAAAGCCGCGUCGUUGCAAAGAUGUUGUGUUCAAAAAUCCUCAGAUUUAUCUCCCCGUUUUCAGCUAUUGAAGUAUCUUUGGAGCAGCUGUAGUCGACGGCCUCAUGGGUCUCCUUCAGCCUCUCUUCUGGCUCCUGUCUGUCCUGGUCCUGGUCUUGGCCGGUUCUGGUCCUAAUAACACUCUGAGGCAUGAGUACUGUGUGCUGGGAGCUGGACCUGCAGGGCUCCAGAUGGGCUUUUUCCUCUCCAGAAGUCAGAGAGAUUACGUCAUUCUAGAGCGAAACGCAGGACCAGGGAGCUUCUUCAACAAAUAUCCUCGCCACAGAAAACUCAUUAGCAUAAACAAAAUAUACACUGGAAGGCGGAACAAAGAAUUCAACUUGCGUCAUGAUUGGAACUCCUUGUUGAGUGACAGGCCCGACCUCCUGUUUCAGCGAAUCAGCCGAGAGCUUUACCCCAGUGCAGAUGACUUCCCUCGUUAUCUCUCAAUGUUUGAACAGGAGCUUGGACUGAAAGUUAAAUAUGGAGUUGAUAUCGGGAGCAUUAAAGCAGUAGAUUUGAAUGGAAACCAAGGCUACAUCCUGACCGAUCAGAAAGGUGUCAAUUAUCAGUGCAGUGUCCUGUUGGUGUCCACUGGCCUUUGGGUUCCUCAGAAGGUAGAUUUUCUUGGCUCUGACCUGAUGGAAGGUUAUGAGUCGAUUCCCACUGAUCCUGAGGAGUUCACAGACCAGGCUGUGUUAAUCCUUGGCAAAGGAAACGCCGCCUUUGAGACGGCACAGAGUAUUUUGGGUAGAGCGAGUCGGAUUCACCUGUACAGUCCCAGCCCAGUACGACUAGCAUGGCAGACACACUACGUUGGGGACCUCAGGGCGGUCAAUAAUGAGUUAUUGGACACGUACCAGCUGAAAUCUCUGGAUGGCCUAGUAGAGGGCAGACUGGAGGAAAUUGCCAUUGUUCGUCGAGGAAGAGAUGGAGGAAAAAAGAAAACUCAAAAGAAAAGAAGUGGAAGAUCGGUGGAGGGAAAAGAUCAGCUGUAUUUAACUCUGUCUGUACUUCUUGAUGAUCGGAAUGGCAACAAAACGUCAAUGGUCACGGCCCAAAAUCUGCCUGGUUACCACACUGAUAACUUCUCACUCAGGCAGCCAUAUGACCGAGUGAUCCGUUGCCUGGGCUUCCGUUUCAACUUCUCCAUCUUUGAUGGAUCUGCACGGCCGCCACAAAGCAGUGGUGCCCGGGGCCGGUUGCCAGGGGUAACAGCCUGGUAUGAAGGUAGAGGAACACCCAACCUGUUUGUUCUGGGUACGGCAGCCCACUCCAGAGACUAUCGCAUGUCUGCUGGUGGGUUUGUUCAUGGGUUCCGCUACACGGUGCGUUCUGUUCAUAAAAUCCUGGAGCAGCGUUACCAUAACAUUGCUUGGCCUGCAACGAAAUUACCCCUCAUUCAACUGCAGUCCUGGAUUCUCAGGAGGGUGAAUGAAGCCUCUGGACCCUACCAAAUGUUUGGAGUUCUUGGAGACAUUAUUCUUCUCCAAGGGUCUCACUGUGAAUAUCUGGAGGAGUUUCCUCUGCAGGCCCUACCUCAGCUGCCAGCUCUGUCGGGACGGCAUGUCUCAGAACGUGGUCUUCUGGUGUUGGUCAUGCAGUAUGGACUGAACCACACUGAUACACUAGGGGCAGGUCGGGCCGAAUCAGAAUGGACCAAAGCCUGGAGGUCAAACUUCCUCCAUCCAGUCCUGUACUACUACAAAACACUACCUACAGAGAAAGAUAUGAGACAGCGUCCAGUUGGCUGGCCCCUCCCACGACCUGAGGCGGUGCAUCACAUGGUGGAGGACUUUCUGACAGAGUGGGAUCAGCCCAUAUCACACAGCCAACCUCUCAGACGCUUCCUCGAGCACUGCCUUCAAACUGACCUCAGGGCCUUUUAUGCUGAAACCUGUUUCCUUAUGUCCCUCACCAGUCGUAACCCACCCCUCUUCUGUCGCCAAGGUUACUUGAGAAAACAGGGUAUUGUAGGCAACAGUCACCUAUGGCAACAUGCCCGUGAGGCAGGGCUAAUGCCAGAUUACCAGGGAGAUGUUGCCCCUAGCGAUGACACAUCAGUCCCCGAAUACCUGACACAUGCUGGCGCUGCUGUCGUCUCAGCAAUUAACUUUUGACCUUUGAGGGGCAUCAACACGAACUAAAUCAAAGACUGAAUCAGAUGUGCUUGUGAAAUUGUGUGGUCUACCUCCCAGUUCUCAUGGAGCCUUUUAUAAAGAGCAUUUCUUACAUUCUGCAUGUUGAGAUUAUGAUUGUACCAUACCAGGUUAAAUUAAUAAAGAUAAUAAGAGUAUUACCAUUCUGUAUUUUAUUAGCCAAAGUAUAAAUUGGUAUAUUGUUGUAUGGUGUUGGGUUUGGUGUGCAAUACAAUGCAUAACUUAUUUUUUAUACUGUUUAGGUUUAUCAGAUAUGUAUUUUAAUGGGGUGAUAUGCAUGUAUUUUCAUUUAUAACUACAAUAAAGA